AUGUUUACUAACAAUAAAAAGAGUCCAAGUGUUCAUAAUAAGCAAUUAGUUGAAGUCACUACAAAACAAAACUUUGUUAAAAUUCCAUCAAAAUCUCUAUCAACUACUACUACUAAAACCACCAAUAAAAAUUCAACAACAACAAUAGUUGUCGAUUCAAUUAAAAAUUCGGUUAUCAAAGAUAUUAAACAAGAUGAACAAGAAAUAGUCGAAGUUCCAAUCUCGGAACCAUUUAACUCAUUUUUAAAUCUUAACACUCACGACACCAUCACACCUUUAAAUAUCAACAUGUACACUUGUCCAAACUGUCAUACUCCAAAUUCAGUCAAUGCUGUUAAAGAUGAUAAUUAUUCAGCUAAUGGUGAUUUUUAUACUUGUUUAUCUCAUGGAAAUUAUGGUUGUGGAUGGGAAGGUGAACAUCUACCAAAUGAAGAAAAUAUAGCAAAGCAUGUAUUUUCAAUUAUUGGAUUUAAACCAUUAAUAAUUAAUUAA